AUGCGAUCUUUGGCUCUGGUGGCAGUCGUCGCAUGCGUCGCAGGCUUGUUUGCAGUGACCGCGACAAUCGGUGGUGAUGAUGCAUCUUCUUCCUCGUCGUCGCUUCGAAAACUGUUACAACGAAUUCUACCGGCCCAUACGGACGACCCCAAUGUAUGGGGUGUUCAAAGCGGCCCCGCCACAGGCCACUCGGACGCCGGUGGGAUGAUUUACGAUAUCAAGCGCGAUUCUGUCAUUUUGGUGGGAACGACACACGACACUCAAUUCUUUCAAGACGACAAUGCCAGUUCGGUGGAUUGUUUUGUAGCGACGGUCCAGUUGCCCUCGUUGGCCGAGGAAAUAUCGGAAGCCGCCGCCGCCAAUGGGAAUGCGUUGCCGUCGGAUACGCGGCCCAAUUGGAAAUUCACUGCGCGAUACCGUGUGACGACCACCAACGAUUUGGAUCGGUGUGAGUUUGUCACGGCCAUUUGGGGAGACGAUGGACAAGAAUUCAACGAUCAAUACUAUAGUGCGGGAACAUUGGCGGUCCGGAAAAACGACGACAAACAAGCCGUGGCGGUGCACCCCUUUUUGAUGCAACUCCAUUUGAAUUUCUUUGACGACGCGAGUGGAGCCACGAAUGUGAGCACCAGCCAACAAUACAAAGUGCUGGAAAAACCUGUCAAUCCAGGAGGGGAUUUUCCACUCACGUUGGUCAACAACGAUCUCAUCAUUCCAGCCGCCAUGACCAGCGACCGGCAGAAUGUCUAUGUCGCCACAAUUCAUCGUGUGUUGGUAGUGUCACGACCCAAUAAUCAGGCGCAAUCGUCGUUUCAACUCAGUUUGGGAGUUUCCAAAUAUAGUACGACGACAACGCCGGACGAGAAUGGGAAUCCAUUUUCCGAACAAUGGUCACGAACUUAUCGAACGUCGAUUGUGGAAGCGCGCAAUGAUGGAGUCCCUCAUGUCACCUCGGGAAUGUUCCAUGCCGAUGGAGGCUUGUCGCCACAACAAUUGCACGACUUGCAAAAUGAACAAUCACAAAUUGAAGAAGAAAUCAAUCACAUGGAAGAGGAAGAACAGGAAUACAAGGAAGAAGAAAUGAAUUUGCACCGACACGAGUACAUUCACGAUGGUGUCUUGAUUAGUGGUUUGGAAGCAAUUGAAACGGAAAAUGAAGGAGAUCAAUAUCUGCUCAUUGCAGGAUCUGCACCUGGAACACGAGAAGCGGUCGAUCAUGGUGGCGAUGCCAAUCAUACGUUGAGCAGUCACCCCUUUUUGGAUGGACGGGCCGCUCAUAUUGGUGACUGGGAUGGUUUUGUGGCAAAAGUCAGAGCGGAAAAUGGACAAGUUAUGAGUCCUCCCGAUAGUGGUAGUUCUGACGGUAGACCCGUGCACAAUACAUGGAGCUUCAAAGUGGCGACACAGCCACGACGCAACGAUUUUAUCCAAUCCAUUUGCGCUGCCAAGGUGGAUCCAGUCUUGUGGACUCAUGAUGAACCGUACAUCCACAAAGUGGCAUAUGUUGUUGGUACUACUCAGGGAAGGCUUGAUGGUGAUGAAAAUGGGGGUGCCUUUAUUAUCCAGUUGGACUUGGAAACAAUGAACUUGAAUUGGAAGAAACAAAUCCCAGGCAUGCAAGUUCACGGGCUUUCUUGUCAAGUAUUGGUGGAUGUGCCAUCCCAUGGAACAACAAUUCGGGCGGAAUCCAAAGAUCUGUUGUAUGUUGCGGGCGAAGUCCAUGGACACAUGACUGUAGAAAUGGCGGAUGGAAGGAAGAUUGUCACCGAUGGACAUGGUGAAACUGAUAUUUGGGUAGCGCAAUUGCGGGCAGGGGAUGGUAAGAUCAAUUGGUUCCAUCAGAUCGGAACGUCACAGCAAGAUCGACUAGCCAAGAAUGUCAACAAUCCAAUGCUCGCAGAAGGAAAACAAGCAGCUGCUAUCGGAGAAACGGGGAGCGCCAAGGGGUCACUGGUUUUGGAUCGUCAUGGGAAUGCAAUUGUCUAUGGUACUACCAAUGGGCCAUUGGCCAUGGAAAAAGUGUCUGGAGACAGAUGGCGUGACAUUUUUGUCCUUCGGCUUCAUCGUGAUGACGGAAGCUACCGAGCCAUUAUCCCUCCUCCAAAUUAUGUUCAAGAAGACCCCCUUGGGAGCAGUGGCGGAACAACUACUUCAGCUCCAGCACCAGCGCCAAACACAGGUAGCAGUGGAAGUAGCAGCUCGAGCGGAAGCACUAGUGGAGCUGGCAGCAGCGCUACAUCGGUCAGCAGCACAAACGCACCGCCGCCCCAGACGCACGGAGGCGCAGAAAAUGAAUAUUCAGUCAACUAUGGAGUAGUCGCGGCAGGUUUCUUGGUUCCCGUCCUUGUAGGGCUCGUGAUCAUCCUUGCAACGGGUCGACGUGGUCAUCUUCCUGAGCCAACCCCGGCCAUGGAAAUGACAGCAACUUCUCCAAAGUCGGAUCUGUCUCCACAAGAAGGCCCGCUUCCUCCGUCUGUGGAACCGGUUUCCAUGCUGCCCACCUCACGGGACAGUUUCUUUUAG